AUGGCUGGAGACCCGGAGGAUAUUGGAUUCGCAGGAGUAGUAGGGAUCUGUAGCGAGGCCGUGAAAAUUUUGCGAUCAUACACACGCCACUUUCUCUCCAUGGCUGGAACCUUGGUGCUUCCAUUGGGCGUCGUUUUGUUAUCCCAGAGCUUUGUAUCUGAUCCCUUGCUCCGCAAACUAACCCAAAUGGGACGGAAUAAUCAACGCCUUGAUGCUGAGUUUGUGGGGCUCUACCUGAUUGCAGUUCUCUACCUAGUUUUCGUUCUCGCCUUGUCACUGUUCGCAACGGCAGCCAUAGUGUACAGCGUUGCGUGUAUCUACACGGGUAAGGGGUUAUCCUACAUGAAGGUGAUCAGGGUGGUACCCAACGUUUGGAGCCGGCUCAUUCACACUUUCCUGUGGGCUCACAUCUUGUUGUCCUUUUAUUACGCCGCAUUUGUGGCACUGCUACUUGCGCUAUUCCUCAUUCAAGAAUCCACUCAGGUGAGCAUGACGAUGAUCAUGAUUCCCUCCAUUAUUGUCUUCAACGUGUUCCUGGUCCAUUUCAACCUGGUGUGGCAUCUGGCAAGCGUGGUCUCGGUCCUCGAGGAUACCAAAGGCGUCUGCGCCAUGAAGAGGAGCAACGCCCUCAUCGCAGGAAAGAGGUUGGCUGGAUUCUACUUAUUCGUCAUAUACGCCAGUUGCAUCUUAUUUAUGCUAGGCUUGUUCAGCGGAGGGCUGGCAAAGCAGAAUACAUCGGGACGAGUUUUCUUGACAAUCACUCUGUUGGUCGUGUGGACGACGGUAACAUUACUGGCCAUUGUGAUCCAAAGCAUCUUCUACUUCGUUUGCAAGUCAUAUCAUCAAGAAAGAAUUGAUCGGUCAGCAUUGGCACAAAAAUUGGAUGGAUACUUGGGGGAUUACACUCCCCUCAGUGAUCCUGUUUCAGCAGGUGCUCCGAAUGGUGAACUAGAACAAAUUUGA